CCCGCCCGUCACUUCCGUACGAUGAUCCGCCACUGCGUUCCCGUCGCAUUAGUUUAGUCCGAACCUGCGCGUCGUAACUUACGGUCGUCGUUGGAACUGUCCGCUCGAAAAGGGUUUGCUCUCUUUGCCACAACCGAGACCGUCGUAUCGUUUUUUGUGCGUGCGCGCAUUCGCUUACGGAUCGAGGCCUUAUAACCCAGUGAUUUCAGUGUUUCGAUUUUUUUAAUACAGUCGACAAAAUAAAAACUAUGCCGCGUCCGAGCCGUGAAUCUUAUGGUGACCAAAAGCCACCGUACAGUUACAUCUCUCUAACGGCCAUGGCCAUAUGGAGCUCUCCGGAGAAGAUGUUGCCACUGUCGGACAUUUACAAAUUCAUCAGCGACCAGUUCCCUUAUUAUAGAAGAAACACGCAACGUUGGCAGAACUCGCUGAGACACAAUUUGUCAUUUAACGACUGUUUCGUCAAGAUUCCUCGAAUGCCGGACAGACCCGGUAAAGGCGCAUACUGGGCUCUUCAUCCAGCCGCCUUGGACAUGUUCGAAAACGGAUCGCUUCUUCGGCGCCGUAAACGUUUCAAGCUCGUCAAGUCCGACAAAGACAGAUUAGACAACGAGCUGAUAGCAUUGGCCAAUAAUCUUGCGCACAUGCAACGCAACCAUCCGGGUAUGUCUCCGGGAUCUUCAGCAUCAUCUCGAUGCUCGUCGUCUUCGUCCGCCGCCGGUAGUCCACCACCGCCCGCCGUCAUGCAAUCGUCGCCGCAUCCUCCUCAGCCAAUGAGACCUGUAGCGGUCACUGUAGACACCGCGGCCAUGACCAUCACCAAGCCGGCCAGCAAGAGACCGUUCGAUAUCGAGAGCCUGAUCGGACCGGAUCCCUGCAAGUCCGCCGCCGUCGACGACGACAUCUUGCAGCGGUUCCCGGCAAUCGUACCCACACCUUACCCGGUGUCCACUCCUCUCAUGAUGCCUUACAACCUUCAUCAAGCCGCGGCGGCCGCUGCAGCCGCGAUGGCUCUUCAAGAUCACCAUCAUCAUCAACUUCACCAGCAACAAUAUUUUCGGUAUGCGUCCUACUUCCCCCACAAUUAGUUUUUAAUAUUUUUCUAAAGAAAAAAUAAAACACGUUGAUACUAUAGAAAACACGGUAUUAUUCGCUUUGAGUAAAUUUCAUGCCGUCUAGAGAGUAAUAUUGUCUUUUGAAUAGGAUUGAUGUAAAGCGGUAAACGUUUUAAUACAAAUGAUCUCGCGUAUAUUUGAAAAGAAGUUGAUGAAAAAGUUUUCCUAAUAAGUUUAAUUAUUAUUAUUAUUAUAUGUAUGAGUUUUAACUGACUAUACUAACUGUUUUGAAAUUAUUAUUUUGUUUGUGUUUUAAUUAUGUAUGUGUAAAUUUUAAUUAGCCAUUAGUCUAAAGGAACCGUCGUGUACGUUUGUGUAGUUAUUAGGGAGAAAAGUACUGAAGGACGUGUUGUUUGAGCGACAAACCUUUAAUAGAUUUUAGAAUAUUAUAUUCUCUGUACUGUGAUGUAGUUAUUAUCGCUAUAACUUAUAGAAUUUUUAUUUAUUAAUUUAUUUUUAAGUAGGUGUCGGUCGAUCAACGCGAAUAUUAAAACGAACUGAAAAUUAUUUUACGAUUCGUCAUGACGGCCGACGAUUAGUGUACAUUUUUAUUUUUGUUUGUUUUUUGAUUAAUUUGUUUAUUAAGCUAACCUGUUACCCCUCCUCGUGUAAAUGUAAUAUUAUUUAAAAUUGUAUAGUUAUAUAUCACGUAUAGUCAUUAUACUCUUAUUUGUAUAAUAAUCUAUACGUACGAACGGCCAGCAGAUCCGUCGUUCGUAUGAAAUAUAUUAAAAAAAUAAAAUGUGCAAUUUUCAAA